AUGGUGGACAGGAAGGAACUUGUGGUCGAGGAAUCCCCUGAGACCACGCCAUUGCUGCGAAGUGCGGCACCCAUCUUAUCUGCGCAGAAAUGCGGGCAACAUAAACAACUGCUCCGAUGUUUCUUGAACUUGAAGCAGACGAUCUCAAAGACGAAAGGUCUAUUCAAGGCCGAAUAUGUCCACGAAAUGAAAACUGAAUUAGACCCCGUAGCCCGACAGUCCAUGGUGGAGGAACGUCGAUGGUCAAUCUAUGUCUCACGGGCUAUCCAUCGCUUUUCCGUUUGGUGGACUCAUUUACAGGCCCUGAGCCCGCUGGGGCUUGGAUCAAGUCAAUUAUCGGAAAAGCCGUACGGGCAGCAUGGCGGAUGGGCAUGGACAAGGGAUGAGAUGCCUCCAUUAGAUGUUCUGAUGGUCCUCCAUGCAUUGACGCUACAUAAUAAAGCGAUUCCCCUUCAGCUGGCCUCACGAUGUAUCGAUCAGGACAGCCUCACGUAUUGGUGUCCCGAGUCCUGCAGGUCAUACUUCGAGAAUAUGACAAAGUUGGCAUGGGACAAUCUUGGUGACUCGGAUGAUCUUUGUAUCGAAUGCUUUCGAUGUCAAACACAAACCGUUGUGCCGUGGACGACGCGGCGCGGAAAAGGCUUCGCAGAUAAGGGGUUUGUACAAUUGUGCCAAUCGUGCAAGUUUAUCCUCAGAAGAGAUGCUCUUCUUGUUCAGAAGUUCCGUCAGGAUCUACAUCUACUGUUGGAGAAAAAUACUCCACUGCCAGGGACGUGCUGGAGUGUCGAGGAUGGUCAUGGUACUUUGACUCCCAACAAUGCGACAAAUGAGUUCGUGAAACAGUUUUUAGGAAAAUUGUUGCUGGAGGAGACGCGCCCGACCAAUCUUUUCCCAAAUAUGACUCAGAUAAUCGAAGCCAGUACCGAGGCAGUUGGGAGACAAUCUCUACCCAUGCUUCACAAUAUCUUCGAGCACUAUCAGUAUGUGGGAAAUUCUUCCUGUGAUCUGUAUGCCGCUGUAAUGAAAGUGUCAAAGUGGGGAUCAACGAUGCAGAAUGUGGACUGCUCCGAGUCGGAUUUACACUUGUCGCGGAUCCAGACUCAAUACGUUGAUUUCCUGCGAGGGCAAAGCAAGGGAUUAUCAUCACGGCGUCCUGCUGUCGCCAAAAUGGAUCUGAUGGAUCCUCUUAUCUUGUUCUGGAGCACGCAUUUGCUGGCGCCGCGUUCUUACUGCGAAUUUUUCCGGCGCUUUGGCAAUGGCGUGCCAUUGGAUUGGGAGCCACAGCAUAAUUCUACGGCGUGCAACCUAUGCCAUACGCUGAAUCCGCCUUCAUUUGCCCGCCGGUUUAUUCGCGGCCUUGCUUCGCUAUCGGAGUGGAAAGAAUGGCUAUCCACCGUGCAGGAAGUCAUAUCUCUGGUUGCAGCUGGGGCUCUGCCAGGCAGUCAAGUAGAUAAUUGA